AAUUUUUUUGUAUUUUUAGUAGGGACAGGGUUUUACCAUGUUGGCCAGGAUGGUCUUGAUCUCUUGACAUCAUGAUCCGCCCACCUUGGCCUCCUGAAGUGCUGGGAUUACAGGUAUAAGCGACCGCGCCUGGCCCACACAGCCAUAACUCUUUAGUGAGAGUAGAGCUAGGGUCCCAGGGAUUUCUGUCAUCAGGUUACAGACAAAAACUACCACUCAUUGGAAGACAGGAGAGGAGUAUUUCAUUACAAAAGCAGUGAACAAUUCAGGUGUAUCUACAUUGAGUCAGCAAAUAAAAGUUCAACUUGGUUGCUAAUGGGACCCACUCUGCCAACUGCCACUUUGUAUAGAACUCCUAGAGGAAGAUGGCUUCCAAUAAUGAACCACUCUGUUUUUAGGACUAAAAAGCUCAGGAAGCUGGUGGGUGAUGAAUGAAAACCUUAGUCCCACUGGCUUUUGUGAGUCACGUGCCUGGGCUUCCACCUGGGCCAGUGGGUUUCAGUCUGUAGGUGACUGCAGAAGGAAGAGGAGCUCCUUUUGUACUCUCUUCAGGCAGUUGUAUCUCAGCAUUUGUUGGGUUCCCAACCUAUUAAAUUAGCCAGCUGUUUUUCCACCCUCCCAGACAAGUCAACUCAGGAGAGGCAGCAGGGUGCGGGCCUUGGCUCGAGCCCUGGCUGGGGCCGGGCUGUGGGGUGGGCAGGCGAGCAGUGGGCAAGACUAUCUCUGAAAGUGCGGCAUAGCCUAGGCCUAGGGCAGGAGGAGUGCCUGGCCAACACUGUGAGCAGAGGCACAGGUGGCGGCAGACAGGAGUAGAGGUGCCCCAUGGGGAACAUACUGAGCUGUUGUGUGCGCACCAAGGUCAGCCAAGAAUUGGACCAGGAUGAGAAGUCAGAGUGUCCUCCUGAGUCUGAAAUCUGUGAGGCAGCAGCUUGAGGACACGACAGCAGCAGGGCCCUCGGCUGCUGCUGUAGAACCUGCGGAGUUGACAGUUGAAGCUGGUGAGGGCCGUCCUGUGCACGACAUCUGUGAUGGGGAGAUGCCUGAAGAUAGGGCUUUGGAGUCCAACCCUUCUGAUCAUCCAGAAGCAAAGAAAUAUCAAGCAGAUGUGUGGCAUUGGAUAUAUUACCUUAUCAAGAAAAGAGAUGCAGAUAGAACUUUGGGCAUAUUUGACGAACGUAUAUUCCCACUUUAUCAAGGAGAGGUUCCGGAAGAAUACUUUAUAUAUGAUCCUGCACACAAAAUGAUUUUCAAAUUCAUGCGUAUCCUGUUUCAUGCCAAAGGGCUAAAUGCUGACUUAGCAAUCAUAAGUUUGGUAAGAUAUUUUCUAUUUAUAAAGCAUCUUUAGAAAUUGGUCUUGUAGAGUGGCCUAGCCAAUGUGGUAAAACCUUGUCUCUACCAAAAUACAAAAAUUAGCCAGGCAUGGUAGCACGCCCCUGUAGUCCCAGCCACUCAGGAGACUGAGGCAGGAGAACUACUUGAACUCAGGAGGCAGAGUGCAGUGACCUGAGAUCAAGCCAGUGUACUUCAGCCUAGGCAACAGAGCAGGACUCUAUUUCCAAAAAAAAAAAAGAAAUUGAUCUUGUAAACAGGGUAGUAUGUUCCUGAUUUUAAAUGAAAGUAGGUUUCUGAAAUUAUCUCAGAACUUUAAGAGAAACUUAUGAAAGCAAAUACACACAUUUAAGUUGAUUCAUCAUUAUGGCUUAAAUGUUGCCUUGCGUUUCUCAUUACAGAACAAUUGCUAUUAAAGGCAGCAGGAGGGAUUUCUGAUUUCUCCCCCCACACUUCAGUGCACACAUGCACACGCAGUGCGCAUACAUCCAGGGCAUGUGGAGGGCUUGGAAUGAAGAGGAGUAAUAAGACCAUCUGGUUCAUGGGCAGGAAUGCGUGGCAUUGUAGGUCUAAGCUGAGUCCCAGGGUGUAUCCCCAGGCAGUUCUCAUGUAUGUUGUGAUUGAGAGCUACUGCCCUCCACUCAUUGUUCCUUGGAUGUGUUAAUCUACCCCCGCUGGGCAGAGUAGGUAGCAGAAAUAUUUGGACUGUGAUUGUGAUAUGGCCCCUUACUUAACCUGAUGAAACAAAGUCUCUGUAGAACAUAAGAAUAAAAGGCAUCUGCUUUCUGGUCAAAACCAGAAGUAUUCUGGUUUUUCAUAAGAAUUCUUAUCACAGCACUUAAAUUGAGCUAAAUCAAAGGCCAGUGCUCUGUUUUGCAGGUAUACAUAAAAAGACUUCUAAAGUGUGCUGAUAUCAACAUUUGUCCAUCCAACUGGAAGAGGAUUAUCUUCAGAGCCAUUCUUCUUGUCAUCAAGGUUGGGAGCAAUGUGGCUGUGUGCAAUGAGGACUUAUGCAAACACUUUGAGAG